GCGUUAUAACAUCUGUAGAUAUCCUCAUCUAUUAAGGACAAUUUCGUCUUUUCAUUUAUCCAGUCUAUAUAAUCACCAUUUUCAUACGCUUUUUCAUAGUAUUAAAAAUUAAACAAUAAACCUCUCUUUUUACUCAACUCACUCCUUCAAUUCUUCUACACUUUAAUUGUAUUUGAUUGUUGGAGAUGUCGAUUGAGAUUGGAAAAUUCAAUCGGAUUCGUUGUAUUGUAAGGAUCAGUCAGAUGCUUCGACAAUGGAAGAAAAGAGCUAUAUCUUCUUCAUCGAAACGCAUAGCUUCUGAUGUACCUGCCGGACACGUGGCGAUCUCGGUAGGCAGUAAUUGCCGGAGAUUCGUGGUGCGAGCGAAGUAUUUGAAUCAUCCGAUUUUCAGGAAGCUACUGACUCAGGCAGAGGAAGAGUAUGGUUUCUCUAAUCAUGGCACUUUGGCUAUACCUUGCGAUGAGUUUUUAUUCGAGGAGAUCCUUAGGUUCGUUUCUAGAUCUGGAUCGAGUAACUGGACUCGUUCGUUAAAUAUCGAGGAUUUUCAGAAAUCAUGCCAUGCAAGGUACAGGAAUCGUAUUGAGAAUUUCGGUGAAUCUCGAGCGUUACUGGGUGGAUGUACUGAAAAAUCAGUGUGUUGAAAAAAAAAAUUGAGUUUAAUUUUAGGAGUAGAAAAAUUGUGAUGUUGCAGAUGGAGAUGGCGAAAAACAAAAUUGAGUCAUCCCGAAAUGUUUCAUUGACAGACUUCAGAUUAUAAAGAGAGUCUGUUACGUUUCAAAUGCAGAUAAUUACUAGGAAAUCGAAAUGAAUCACCAAUGAAGUGAAAGUUCAAGUGAAUCAUGUUAUUCUUUUCUGAAAUUUACUUUAUACAUAUUUUUUUCUCUUUUGUUCAAAGAAAAAGUUGUAAAAUUUAAUAUUUACGUAAUUGAUAUAUAUCACUCUUGAAGAUUUUAUUUUUUA